AUGGGCACACGAACGAAGUUUCAGGGGCAGACCGCCUUGUCGUUUGCAGUUUGGGUUGUGGAGAUGAAGUGGUUCUUUGACGUGGCCAUUCAAGAGAUAACGCCUUUGUUUCAGACGGAGGUUUUUGGGGAGCUGCUGAAGAACUGGACAGUACAGACACAAGUCCUGUGUCCGAGCAAGUGUGGUUUGCCUUACAGCCGGCAGAGAAAAUACUCCGUGUUGAUGCGGAUUGAGACACUGUUCAGUGUGCCGGCAAUGGACGCGACCCUUUUCUAUGAUGCCCCCCCAGCAGAG